GCUUAGUUUUGCCCUUUUACCUCAUGUCGUAAGCGGAAGUACACAUACGCAGAAAUUCGGAGCUUGAGUGAGCGACAUUUGUCGAGUGCAAGAUGGAUACGCUAAUAUUGGAGCCCUCUCUGUACACUGUAAAAGCGGUUCUGAUCAUGGACAAUGAUGGAGAGAGACUGUAUGCCAAGUAUUAUGAUGACACGUAUCCCACAGUGAAAGAGCAGAAAGCCUUUGAGAAGAACAUCUUUAACAAGACACACAGAACAGACAGUGAAAUCGCUCUGCUGGAGGGUCUAACAGUUGUGUACAAGAGCAAUAUUGAUUUAUAUUUCUAUGUCAUCGGCAGCUCCCAUGAAAAUGAGUUGAUGCUUAUGUCAGUGUUGAAUUGUCUCUUUGAUUCCCUGAGCCAAAUGUUGAGGAAAAAUGUGGAAAAGAGAGCCCUGCUUGAAAAUAUGGAGGGUCUUUUCCUGGCCGUUGAUGAGAUUGUUGAUGGAGGUGUGAUCCUGGAGAGUGACCCACAAACAGGUGGUUCACCGUGUUGCUCUGAGGGGCGAUGACGUGCCUCUGACAGAACAGACAGUCACUCAGGUGCUACAGUCAGCUAAGGAGCAGAUCAAAUGGUCACUGCUCCGAUAGGACACUUUUGAUCCCAUUCCUGAACUGAGACGAGGAGAACAAAUACAAUGUAACC